AUGGAACUUGUAGACCCAAAGGUGGAGAAGCUGCGCUGCGACCAGCUGAGCUACGGUUUCAAUAUCAGUAUCUACAAUUUGAAGAACUGGGGCAUUCCAGAAUCUCAGAAUCUCAGAAUCUCAGAAUCUCAGAAUCUCAGAAUCUCAGAAUCUCAGAAUCUCAGAAUCUCAGAAUCUCAGAAUCUCAGAAUCUCAGAAUCUCAGAAUCUCAGAAUCUCAGAAUCUCAGAAUCUCAGAAUCUCAGAAUCUCAGAAUCUCAGAAUCUCAGAAUCUCAGAAUCUCAGAAUCUCAGAAUCUCAGAAUCUCAGAAUCUCAGAAUCUCAGAAUCUCAGAAUCUCAGAAUCUCAGAAUCUCAGAAUCUCAGAAUCUCAGAAUCUCAGAAUCUCAGAAUCUCAGAAUCUCAGAAUCUCAGAAUCUCAGAAUCUCAGAAAUCCAGAAUCUCAGAAUCUCAGAAUCUCAGAAUCUCAGAAUCUCAGAAUCUCAGAAUCUCAGAAUCUCAGAAUCUCAGAAUCUCAGAAUCUCAGAAUCUCAGAAUCUCAGAAAUCCAGAAUCUCAGAAUCUCAGAAUCUCAGAAUCUCAGAAUCUCAGAAUCUCAGAAUCUCAGAAUCUCAGAAUCUCAGAAUCUCAGAAUCUCAGAAUCUCAGAAUCUCAGAAUUUCAGAAUCUCAGAAAUCCAGAAUCUCAGAAUCUCAGAAUUUCAGAAUCUCAGAAUCUCAGUAUCUCGAAAUUUCAGAAUCUCGGAAUCUCAGAAUCUCAGAAUUUUCGAAAAAUCAGAAAACCUAAAAAUAAUUCAAGACGCCUCACUGUCUGA